ACAAAACCACAGGUUCUAUUGUUCUAAGACUUAUUCAUCUAUCGAAGUAACUACUCUUAUGUCGACUUUUGACUCGCUGGUCGCGGACCUCACCCGCGACAUCCAACGUGCUCAGCCCAAGGACGCUCUCCAGUUCUGUGCGAAUUGGUUUCAUUCGCGGCUCGAGGAACAGCGGACGCGUACACGCGAUGUUCUCGCUCAGCGUGGACACUCCUUCUCCCGAGAUUUCCCAACAGAAAUAUAUCUUGAUACGCCUCUCAGCUCAGGAGGAUCUGUUCCUCGUACAGUAUCACCAUUCUCGCAGGCUGCCCCGCAAAGUCGUUCUUCAUCUAUGCACAAUUCCAUAUCGCAGAGCCCUUUUGGUACCUUGAAUGUUCCAGGAAAUGCCUUACUUUCUCUAGAUACCAAUGGUUCAAGCAAUGGAUUACCGCAUCCCACAUUCAGCCUCGAUGGCAGAGAGCUUCCUCCCACUUCCCCCCUUACGACUGAUCCCAACCAUCCCAACUCAUUUUCGAGAUAUGAUAACUCGACCCCGACAAUCUCAUCUUCACUUUCAUUGAAUCCAGGCGACUAUUUGCACCCACCGACAUCAAUGAUUUUUGCACGGCGCACCUCCGUCAGUGCUGAACCCAUUGAAGUCGAUAGCGGACAUGACGACCCGUUGCCAGUCUAUCCCAAAACAGCAGACCAGCUGCGCCGCAUCAAAGCAUCCAUCGCUAACAACUUUAUCUUUCGAGACCUUGACGAGGAGCAAGAGACAGGUGUACUGAAUGCGAUGCAGGAGCGACACGUUAGCAAAGAUGAAGUCGUCAUCCGGCAGGGAGAUGUGGGGGAGUAUUUCUAUGUAGUAGAAUCUGGUCUAUUUCACUGCUACAUCCACCCUGAUCCUCUGCCUCCUACGCGGGUCACCGAUACGCGCUUGUCCAACUCUGCCUCUGAUAAAUUCAUUCAACCAGGGUAUCACGCUGAAUUUGGGAAGAAGGUCGCAGAAUGCAAAACUGGGAACUCGUUUGGUGAACUCGCGUUGAUGUACGGCCAUCCUCGAGCUGCCACUGUAUUGGCUAUAGAACCCUCGACUGUUUGGUCGCUGGAUCGUAUGACAUUCCGCACGAUCAUCCUUAAAGCGGCUCACAGGAGACGGACGAUGUACGAGCACUUCCUGUCGACAGUUACCCUGCUUUCUUCCCUUCAGCCCGAGGAGCGUAGUAAAGUUGCUGAUGCCCUUGUGAGCAAGGUGUACCUUGAUGGAGAUGCUGUGGUCCGUCAAGGAGAAAUGGGUGAUACGUUCUUCUUUGUUGAGGAAGGAGAAGCUGUCGUAACCAAGACACAACAUGUAGAUGAUGGGGAGCUCAGGGAGAUUACAGUUGGAAGACUCAAGAAAGGGGAUUACUUUGGAGAACUAUCUUUACUUCGACUGGCACCUCGAGCUGCCACUGUGAGCGCUGUACAUAGGGCAGAUCUGUCGAGGCCCAAGCUAAAAGUGGCUGCACUUGAUGCGCCGGCAUUUACACGGCUGCUUGGGCCGUUGCGGGAAAUAAUGGAGAGGAAUGCUGGCGAAAGCUAUGGGUUGAAUACGCGAUCUAGUAUGAGUCGCUGAAUGUUUUCUUUGUUACAGCCUGGCGUGUUAUGUUUUCGUCGAUAAUUGUUUUUGCUGUAUUUCUUGGGUGUUUUAGCACGUGUAAUGCACGCGAUUAUCUUAUCUCGCGGACAAUAGACUUGACAAUGAUACCCGGUCGUCCGCUC